AUGCCGCAGCUGACAGCGUACAUCGACAAGCUGUCCAUCCUGGGCGUCCGUUCGUUCGACAACCGAGUCAGCGAGACGAUCCAAUUCUAUAGCCCGCUCACGCUCAUUGUCGGCAUGAACGGUUCCGGCAAAACGACCAUCAUCGAAUGUCUCAAGUAUGCCACGACCGGAGAGCUGCCGCCCAAUUCCGAUCGCGGCAAGUCGUUCAUCCAUGACCCCAACCUGUGCGGUGAGAAGGAGGUUUUGGCCCAGGUCAAGAUGUCCUUCAAGGCUACAUCCGGCGUUAAGAUGGUUGCGACCCGCAGUUUGCAGAUGACGGUGAAGAAAACCGCGAAGCAAGUUAGCCGCUCGGUAAAGGCGCUUGAGGGCCAGCUGCUCAUGGUCAAGGAUGGCGAGCGCACUUCCGUCUCCUCACGGGUUGCGGAGCUGAACCAGAUCGUGCCCCAGUACCUCGGAGUGUCGUCCGCAAUCCUCGAGUAUGUUAUCUUCUGCCACCAGGAAGAUAGCAUGUGGCCCAUGAGCGAACCAAGCGUGCUCAAGAAGCGCUUCGACGAAAUAUUCGAGGCUCUGAAGUACACCAAGGCCAUUGAGAACAUCAAACUUGUGCAGAAGCGCCAAGCUGACGAGUUGGCGAAGCACAAGAUAGUUGAGCAACAUGCUAAAGAAGACAAAGAUAAAGGCGAGCGCGCCGAGAAGCGAAUGGCCGAACUCUACAACGACAUCGAGCAGCUUCGGCACGAGAUUAAUGAUCUCGAAGCUCGUGGCGAAGAGUCUAAACGCCGUUCCGAAGAAGCUUACAACCGCGCUGCCCAAUUUCAGAACAUCAUGGCCAAGCUCGAGGGGAAGCACAUCGAGGCGGCUGCCACCGAGAAGAAUGUCGAGGAGCUGCGACUGCAUAUCCAGGAGAUGACUGACACAGAUGAAGAGCUACGAGAGCAUCUUAGCCAGUACGACGAACGAGUUCAGCUGUACGAGCAAGACCGCGAGAACAAAGAACAAUCCUUCAAAGAAAUCGUUAAAGCGUUGGUACGCAUUGAUGGCUCCAUUGGAACCAAGCAGACCGAGAUCGGAAAGCACGAAGCCAACAAAUCUGCGUACGAACGCCAGAUUCAGUCCAGAGGAGGUAUCGUUAAGAAAACUGCCGACCGUUACGGCAUCCGUGGAUUUGAUUUUGACGUCAAUGAUGAGCAAGUGGAGGAUUUCAUAGUGCGAAUCGACCGACUAGCAAGAGAACAGCAGAGAGCGUUGGAACGCGCCCGGAAACAGAAAGAAGAGGAGCUCCAGGCCGCCAAUGGGGAACUCAAACAAGCCAACAACCGGAAAGCCGCGCUAGAGACAAACAAGGAAAACCUCAAGAAACAGAUGGCGAACAACGAUCAGAGGCUAUCUAAAUUACAAGAGAAGGUCAACGAUAUUGACAUUGACGAAGGUCGCAAGGCAACACUCGAAUCGUCAUUAGAAGACCUCUCCAGGCGCUUGAACAAAGCUAAAGAGUAUGGCGAUGCGGGCCAAUGGGACGAGAAGCUCCGUGAGGCGAACGACCAAAUGCGCGAUAUUGACGACAAGAAGGAAAGGCUCAACACCGAGAUGGUCGAUGCUAUACGCAGAGCUCAAGAUUCGGCGCAGCUGGACUACGUACGCAAGCAGUUGAAGGAAAGGCAGACAAGUCUGACAACAAACACUGGCGUUCAUCGUCAGAGGAUUUCAGAUAUCAUUGGAGCGACUUGGGAACCGAGUACACUUGAAUCAAACUUCAGCAAGAUCUUGCACCAGAGAUCCGAGGAAGUUAGUGAGGCGGAACUUCAACGAGACGGCACAACUCGGGAGCUUGAAAAAGUCAAUUUCGAAGCGACGACCGCUAAGAGAGAGCUCAGCAAGAAACAUGCGGAGCUGGAACAAUGCGAAGAACGUGUCAGCACGGCGCUCUCUGAAGACGAAUCGCUGGAAGACUUUCCAGAAGCGCUAGAAACCGCUACCAAGAGUUUCGCCGUGGCGCAAGGUGACGCAACCAGCUUUGGCCACAUGGGAAAGUACUUCAAGAACUGCAUGAAGACCCUGGAGGAGCAUAACAUAUGCCAGCUCUGCUUUCGUGAUUUCAGCAAGGCCGAUGAAAAGACUUCCGAUGAAAAGAGUACCUUCCGGAGGCGGUUGGACGCCAAAAUCCAGGAAGCCAUCAAAACGAACUACCAGGACCUAUUGGAGCAGCACCGGUUGGAACUGGCCAAGCUGCGCGAGGUUCAGCCCGAUUAUGACACCUGGAAACGCCUGAAAGAGACCGAGAUUCCUGAGCUUGAGACUUUGUGUCAUGGGCGCGAAUCGCGGCGUGAUGAUCUCUUGAGAGUCAUUGAGGAACAAGACGAACGCGUUAAGGAGCGCCGGGAGGCGAAAAAGGACAUUGAUUUCCUCUCCAAAGAUGUCAGCUCCAUCGUGCAAGACUACAAGAUGAUACGUGGGUUCGAAGAAGAGAUCAGGACGCUGUCGGCCGGGCAGGCGCAAGCAGGUGCUUCUAGGGGCGUCGAAAGUAUUCAGAAUGAGCUCAAGCAGAUCAACGACCAGUCAAAGGACAUCAAGACCGCUUUGAUGCAGCUGACAAAGGAGAAGGAUCGAUCGCGUGAGCAAAUCACGGGUCUUGAGCUUAAGUCGACGGAUAUUGGCGGCCAGAUCGCAAGAGCAGAGUACGCUCUGAGAGAGAAAAACGGCCUGCUCUCUCAAGUCCAAGAUCUGAAAUCCCAGAACGGGGAGCAUCAGGAGUCAAUGCGCCAGACCGAUACAGAAAUCAAAAACGUGAACGCCGAAGUAGAGCAAGCCCAGGCCAAGUGCGAGGCGAUCAAAAAGCGAAGCGAGGAGAAGGAAGAAGAGCUUCAAUUAUCGCACCAAAGUAUCAGCAACAGCCUUCGUGAUUUGGAGCAGGCCAGCAAAGAAAUCGCGGUCUAUAUCGAAAGUGGCGGCACCGAAUUGCUGACGCAAGCUCGCCGCGAAUUUGACCUCUUACAAGUCGAACGCCAGCAGUCAGUCGAGAAGCAGGAUCAGGUCACAGGGGAGAUCAAAGAGAUUGACAAGCAGCUUCACAAUCACACUGAGACCAAACGAAGGAUUAACGACAACCUAAGAUACAGGUCAGGAAUGAAGGACCUUGUGGAAAUUCGCAAGAAAAUCGAAGAGCUUGAGGCGCACAAUGCGGAGGAUGACAAGAACUUCUACGAACAAGAAGGAAAAAAGCAUCAAUCAGAACGGAACAGGCUGAGUGCCGAACAGGCCAGUGUCAUCGCCGUGAUGAAGACCAAGGAUGACCAGCUCCAGGAGUUGUAUGGAGAUUGGGAGACGGAUUACAAGGACGCGGCGAAGAACUACAAAGAAUCACACAUCAAGGUCGAGACGACUAAAGCGGCAGUUGCGGAUCUCACCAAGUACGCGGGUGCUCUUGAUAAGGCGAUCGUCAAGUACCACAGUCUGAAGCUCGAAGAAAUCAACCGGAUCAUCGAGGAACUGUGGAAGAAGACGUACCAAGGUACCGACGUGGACACGAUCAUGAUCAGGUCGGAGAACGAGAUGGCAAGCAACAAGCGCAGCUACAACUACCGGGUGGUUAUGGUCAAGCAGGAUGCGGAACUGGACAUGCGCGGUCGUUGCAGCGCGGGUCAAAAGAUACUCGCUAGCAUCAUCGUUCGUCUGGCUUUGGCCGAGUGCUUCGGCGUCAACUGCGGACUCAUCGCACUAGAUGAACCCACGACGAACCUUGACCGAGACAACAUCCGAGCGCUUGCUGAGUCACUUGCCGAGAUCAUCCGGGUGCGCCGCCAGCAGAGUAACUUCCAACUCAUCGUCAUCACGCACGACGAGGAGUUCCUGCGGUACAUGCAAUGCGGGGAUUUCAGCGACUACUACUACCGGGUUUCUCGUAACGAGAAGCAAAAGAGCACGAUUGAGAAGCAGUCGAUUGCCGAGGUGUUGUAA